CCGUUGUAUCCAAUCAAACUCCAGUUUGCUGUUACCAGGAAGUAGAAGACGCUAUGGAGAACGCUCAAUCCUAUUGAACUGAUUGGGAAAUGACGGGUGAAUGGACAUCAAGUAGUCAUUCUAACGGGGGGAAUGUGUGUCGAAGAUCGGUCUACUUUUCACGAAGCAUGCAACUGUCGGCCUCAGCAUAGCAGAGCUAGCAGUGGCAGCUAACAAGCUAACUCACUCACACUACGGUGGGAGUUACAGUAAGCUAAUGGCGCUAACGUUAGCUAUAGGUUAACUUCGUGUAGCUACUGAGUAAUGCCCCCCCAACGUCAUAUUUGACCAAAUGCACUGCUCAACUGUUACCUAAACUAAUUACCUUAAAAAUGGCAAGCACCGUUUUGGAAGUCGGUACGGGCGUUUUCGUCAUUGUAAUGGUUUGGAUUGCAUUCCUUGUGUUUGGGAUGAUGCUACUGAGAGCAUCUGGAUCUGCAAAGUUAGGCAUUAUCCCACUAUUCUUACUGGCUCUCACCAUCACUUUGGUGCUGGUGUUUUUCCCGCGCAGCCCAGAGACAACCCCACCUUUCAAGGAGACACAGAUAGUGGACACUUUGUUCAUCGGACGCUACGUGCUGCUGGCGGUGGUGAGUGCAGUCUUUCUGCUGGUGUUCUUCAUGCUGCUCCCCUUUCAUUUCCUGGAACCCGUGUAUGCCAAAGCCUUAAGAACGCAGUAGAGCUGCCACAACUGAUGUACACAACUUAAGACAAGCAGGGCACGAUGAGAGCCCCCCCGACGUGGAAAGCAUCCCAAACAGAGACAGCGGGAGAGACAGUGUUUUCUUUCUUCAUCGCCAACUUUUUAUGUACCACCAACGGGAAAGAGAUAUCCAACAGUUGUUUUAUUGUAUCAUUUAAUACAUGAGAUGAAAAAAAUGCUGUUGUUUUUUUUUUUACUGCUUGUACUACAAUACUGAAACACUCCUUCCACUUUUUUUAAAGAAAAAAGAUUGAACUUAAUUUUGUCAAGUUACAAUGUUAGUGAUGGUACUUGAACUGUUACUCAGGAUGAGCCAGUGCACUAAGAGAAUGUUUUUUAAAUUGUAAAUGCAUUUUACAUGAUGCAAUAUUUGCAGAUGAUUGCAGUUGUGUCUUUUUAACCGACUGAUUCAUAAACAGUGUUAAUACAAUGUAUCCUUUUUUGAAUGACUAAUUUACUGUAGCUUAUUUGAAUAAUGCCAAUAAAAUGCAUUACUCCAC